AUGACCACGGUCUUCAAUGACUAUGCAGAUUCGCUGGCCGCUCCAUCUAUGUAUCAUCAUUCCAUGGCGCUUGAAACCGAUCAGAAUGUGCCUGUUUCGGAGAUGAUUAUGGCCGACACACAAGACAUCAACGUGAAAAGCGACGAUAAUGGUUUUGCUUCUCCGAUCAAACCGGCACCGUUUUACACCACUCCCACUGAUGCCAUGUAUUAUACGAAUAAUUUCAAGGAUUACGCCGGGUACAUUAUCAAUCCGUCGAUGUAUCCACCCUAUACGCUACCGGCAACGACGGCCGCCUGCUCGGGUAAUGAUGCCAGCUUCAAUCAGAUGAUGGAUCCGUCGAUGCUUGGUCACAACACCGCGAAAUGCUUCGUUCUAUGGCUCCACGUUCAACUAUCCCACGUACGACUACUCAUCGCCAUUGAUACCACGAGUUCCGGGUUCAGCCGCGCCAUCAGGGCGCCGGUGCUGGCGCCGGCGUCGCCUGCUCCACCAGCACCUCCGGUUCGUCCAGUUCGAACGGCUCUGCACAUUCGACGCUCGCCUCACGGAGUAAGGCCCGAACCUCAGCAUAACGUGCAGUACCCGAUACUGAACGGUGAUUUAGUUUCAGCUGAAGGACGAGAAUGCGUGAAUUGCGGCGUACAAGCCACCCCACUUUGGCGACGGGACGGCACCGGUCACUACCUCUGCAACGCCUGCGGACUCUACCACAAGAUGAAUGGUCAAAAUAGGCCGUUGGUGAAGCCAAAGAAAAGACAGAGUGCCCAAAAACGAACCGGAGUCGUAUGUGUGAACUGUAACACGAACACAACGACACUGUGGAGGCGAAACGGUGGUGGUGAACCGGUCUGUAACGCCUGUGGACUCUACUACAAGCUGCAUCAG